GUGGUUCAUAUUUGUCUAGGCAUGUGACGGGAUGCGGUUGAGAAGGUAAAGCCGCUCGUCUGGGAGCCUGCGUGUGAGUCCCCACCAGCACCAUGGCGGCGGACACCGAAGAACCGAAGAAGGAUGCAGCCCCGGGGGGGUCGGAGGACGAGCGUCUCGAGUUCAUCUUCGAGUACUUGUCGAAGAGCUUGCGCCUCAAGCAGGAGAAGUGGGCCAAGAUGAUGAGCAACGAGGAACUACGGUUCGUGGUGAUGGAGUUCCUGGAGCGCACCACGUCCAACGUGCUCGUCAUGCUGCUGUCGCCCGCCGGCGUGCUCACGCCCGUGCUGGGCUUCCCCACCAACGCCAAGGGCAAGUCGUCGUACUUCAUCCGCAAGCGCAAGGAGCCCGUGACCAAGGAGAACCUGCGCGACCUGCUCAUCUUCGGAGACAUGGCGCCGCGCCCCGUGGAGGAGCUGGCCGUGCUGGUGGACGAGGUGUUCAUGCCGCUGCUGGUGAACCCGGUGAACCAGCGCGGCUGGCCGACCGUCGUGGCCGAGGACGUCAAGAAGCACCUGUACGGCCUCAAGUGCGACCUGUACGAGGUGCGCGGCCGCAUGAACGGCCAGACGCUCCUCCCGAUGCCGCUCAACGUCGCCAAGGUGUACCAGGUGCACCGAGACCUCGUCGACAGGUGGGUGAAGGCAAUGUAGGGAGUCGCUGCUCGAGCACCGCGCCGCGUGAGUUUGGAGCGGCACUGAGUUGUCUGUGUGACACGGCAGUAAUGGCCAGACGG